UUUUCCCCUAUAAAGAGUCUCCAUUGUCCAGACAUUUUAAGUAAACGAGUACAAUCCAAUCACAUAAAGUAUAUAUACGAUUGAGUUGCAAGAGAAUGGCCACCAUUUCCUUUGAUCCAAGGCUUAACCAUCAAGUAGGGAAGAACAAUCAUGGAGUGGUUCUUGAAGAAAUUGAAGGGCUAAUUAGAGUUUACAAGGACGGAAACGUCGAGAGGCCUCCAAUUAUCUCUAAUGUCUCUUGUACUUCAGCAUUAGGUGCUGGUGUGACAACAAGAGAUGUAGUUAUUGACAGUUUCACAAACUUAUGGGCACGUAUCUAUGUUCCGAGCUGCCACGGGAGGGUGCCUGUGCUUGUUUACUUUCACGGAGGUGGAUUUUGUGUUGGUUCUGCUGCUUGGAGCUGUUACCAUGAUUUCUUAGCCAAUCUUGCUAUUAAAGCAAGCUGUGUGAUCUUGUCCAUCAAUUACCGUCUCGCCCCGGAAAACCGUCUUCCCGCUGCUUAUGAGGAUGGUACCACAGCUAUUGUUUGGCUGAAACAGCAAGCUCUGAAUGGCUCAGGUGAGCACAAGUGGUGGUUGAGUAGGUGCAAUUUUUCUAGCUUGCUUUUAGCUGGUGAUAGUGCAGGUGCAAAUAUAGCUUAUCAUGUGACCACAAGGCUAGGAACCAAUGGCACAUUGGAACCAUCCAAUACGAAUCCAUUGCGUCUUAAGGGAACCAUUUUGAUUCAGCCUUUCUUCGGAGGAGAGGCGCGAACAAGAUCUGAGAAAAACUUGAAACAACCACCAAAUUCAGCACUAACUCUACCAGCUUCUGAUACAUACUGGCGCUUGUCACUGCCCAUAGGGGCUAACCGGGAUCAUCCAUGGUGCAACCCUCUAGCUAAUGGUGCUUCGAAAUUGCACGGUUUGGUGCUUCCGUCUGCAAUGCUAAUGUGUAUAUCAGAGAUGGAUAUACUGAAGGAUAGGAAUAUGGGGUUUAGCAAUGCUUUGGCUAGUGCUGGUAAGAGGGUUGAAGUUGUGAUGCACAAAGGAGUUGGUCAUGCAUUUCAAAUUCUGCAUAACUCUCCACCCUCACAAGCUCGAACCCAAGAGAUGGUGUCUCAUCUGAAGUCCUUCAUUAACAAGAACCAAUGAAGUAUUACCGUUAGGGCAUUCAGCAGUCAAGGCAAUGGAUUGUAGUCAAGAGCAUCUUCUCCUCACAUUCAAAAUUGCAGGGAGAACCUAUAAAGUUCAAUCUGCAGCUCUAAGUCCUCCCUCUUCCUCUCAACUUCCUUCUGCAUCAUCAAGUCCAUUGAUCACAACCUAUUGUUUGGAUACAGGAAAAACUUUAGCUUUUAUGUAAAUCAUAUAGUUCUGAUUUUGCUUUCUGUUUUUUUUUUUCCUUCUUUUUAGCCUCUCUGUAAUUUGUGUUCCC